CUUGAACUACCCAUGCACCUGAGCCCUCUUCAAAACUGGUGUCAAAUCGAUUUUCAUUCUUAUAUAAGAGCAUACUUCAUUUAUAUAUUGAUAACUUUGGAAUUCUUCAUUUUAAAAGCUUUGGGAUACGGAUUCGGAGUUUAAAAUCAGAAUGAACGGCAACCUGUUUCUCGCCCUGUGUUUGUCAUCCCUGCAAAGACCAAUAUCAGGUGGUUUACCCGGUGUAGCGGUCGACGGAAGUUGUACCGUUGCCGCAGACUGUGCCACCCCGGGGAACGUGUGCGAAAAUGGUGCCUGUAAAAUUGGUGUGUAAAGGAAUUGCGUAAAUUUUUCGAAGAAACAUUGGAUAAUUAUAUUGUGGAAACAUCUUUUCUAUACAACACAACUCGCGUGAAUAGCAAUAUUAAACGGAAAUCAUAUAACACACAGAGCCAUGAUCACUUACGUUAUGUUUGAUUAAAUCAAGUUUAAGUAAAUAAUUUAACUUUAUAACAUAUGAUAAUUAAACGUGUUACGCUAACGAUGUUCUGAGAGAUUGGACCCUGUCACACUGACUAUUCCAAGGCGGAUACCUCAACAUUUAUUAAUAAAAAUAUUCAAAUGUGUAUGUAAUCUAUCUGUGUUGUACUAUGACAAUUACAUUGACGGGUAACCACGGACCGGGCGAUUUUUGCGGGAUACCUGGUGUGGCGGGGGACUGCACCUCGCAUACGUCUAGUUGUGUUACGAAUGCAGGAUGUAUUUCGAAUGUAUGUGAUUGCAACACAAACUAUGCAACCUCUGGACUUGGUUGCGUGGAGAAACUCAACUGUUACAGUUGUUCCAGCGGCUGCGAUAAGGAUGCCUCUGCUGGCAGCACAGAAAUAAGGACCUCUAACAGCGAGGAUUGCACAUAUUGCUACAUAGCCUGGAACGAUCAGGGUGCGGCUCGCGGCUGCCUCACCGCUACGACGGCUACCUCCAAUAGCAUCAGCAGUUCCGGCUGUAGUGAAGGGUGGACAGAGGGCUUGACUGGAACCGGAUGUGCCUGUGAGACCGCUCUGUGUAAUGAUACACCCACUACGGCCGGGUACAUCCAGAGUGCGGCAUCCCCACUUUACGCAUCAGCUGUAACUGUGGCCAUGGCGUCUAUUUUGUUGCAUCAUUUGUUUUAGUCAUUGUUUGAACAAUGAAACUGUGACACUUCAAUGUAGUAUUACCUAUUGUACUGUUUGCUGUAGAAUUUCGAAGUGAAUUCAAUUUUUAAAUUCCAAUAACAUUGUCUUAAUAUAAAGUUUAUGAUAUAAUGUUAAUCAUGUGUUGAAGGCCUCCAGGCUGAAGUUAUUGGUUCUCCAUGGCAUACCUUGUUCUAAAAGGUUGACGGUUACCAGAGGCCAAUUUUUUACUAAAUGUAUAGCAUAUCAUUUGUAACAUAAAGUUUUUCAAUUGCAUUUAUUAAUUCAAAGUAAAACAGCUUAAAUACCAAUUGAUAAUCUUGAAUAUGAUAAUAUGUGUUUAUAUACUGUCUAUUAUUUCUAUAAUUAUUUGUACUGCUGGAAAAAAAAGUUCAUCUACG